CACAAAAUAUGUUCAUAUUUAUAUGAACUUAUUCUAACACCUUGAACAUCAACGAGGAAAAAGAAAAAUAGAAAAAAACACAUUAGAUUUAGAGGUUCAGCAAUGGCAACCAUGGUAAGUUCAAGCACUGUCCUUACACCAAACCCAUUUGUUGGGCAAGGCAAGGGCGCCAACGGAAACACCCUUAGAGAUGUCGUACCUAUGGGAUCCGGCAAAUUUACCAUGGGAAAUGAUCUAUGGUACGGACCGGACAGAGUAAAAUACUUGGGACCAUUUUCGGCACAAACACCUUCAUACUUGACUGGAGAAUUCCCUGGUGAUUAUGGCUGGGACACUGCUGGUCUCUCUGCUGACCCUGAGGCUUUUGCCCGAAACAGGGCUCUUGAGGUCAUCCAUGGACGUUGGGCAAUGCUUGGGGCAUUAGGCUGCCUAACCCCAGAAGUGUUAGAGAAAUGGGUGAAAGUGGACUUUAAGGAGCCAGUUUGGUUCAAGGCUGGGGCCCAGAUUUUCUCCGAAGGUGGGCUUGACUACUUGGGCAACCCCAACCUAGUCCAUGCUCAAAGCAUUCUAGCCGUACUCGGGUUCCAAGUGCUGUUAAUGGGUCUCGUUGAGAGCUUCCGCAUUAACGGGCUGGAUGGAGUUGGGGAUGGCAACGACCUCUACCCAGGCGGCCAAUACUUUGACCCAUUGGGCUUAGCUGAUGACCCGGUUACCUUUGCAGAACUAAAGGUGAAGGAGAUCAAGAAUGGAAGGUUAGCUAUGUUUUCCAUGUUCGGUUUCUUUGUGCAGGCGAUCAUAACUGGAAAAGGUCCCUUGGAGAACCUCUUGGAUCACCUUGAUAACCCUGUGGCAAACAACGCCUGGGUAUAUGCCACCAAGUUUGUUCCUGGAUCAUAACUUAGCUAGCUUGUAUAUGAUGAUUGUUAGAUUACAUGUGUGAAGAAGAGCUCAAUUGUCUUUAUUUCAGAAGAAUCUUUAGUGCAAAUAUUGAAUUUAAUUAUGUGAACUGAAAUCUAGACUGAAAACAUUGAAACUAUUUGAAAUGCCAAUGCUUCUUUCAUCUAA